AUGGCCGUCACAAAAUCACAACAACAGAGUACGCUCAUUCUUGAUAUCGGCGAUGUGCUGUGUCACUGGUCUAUCGAAAAUCUCACUGCCAUCUCUCCUCAAAGUCUCCACGCCAUCACCCGAUCGCCAACUUGGAGCGAACUGGAACGCGGCUGUAUUAGCGAGACAGAAGCCAUCCUAGCUAUCAGCAAGGAGCUCUCUCUCGAUCCUGACGCCAUCGAUACCGGGCUCAUGGAAUGCCGCAAGACAUUGCGCGUCGACCAAGAGCUCACAUUCCAACUCAAAGAGCUCAAAGCUGAGCUAGGUGGCCAUCUCAAGGUUUAUGCCAUGAGCAACAUUGCCAAGGAACAUUUCGCCUUUGUCAAGACCGUACUAUCCGACUGGGAUCUGUUCGACGGCGAGUUUUUGUCCUUUGAGGUUGGCAUGACGAAACCUGAUCUACAAUUUCACCAGAAUGUUCUGGAUAGCCUCAACUUGAGCGACCCUUCUUCCGCGAUCUUUGUGGACGACAAAGUCGCCAACGUCAAUGCCGCCCGCUCCUUCGGGAUUCAUGGCAUCGUCUUCGACUCCUCGACCGCUCUUAUUCGUCAGUUGCGUAACCUUUUGAUGGAUCCUGUUGCCAGGGCACGCCGCUUCAUGACCGUGAAUGCGCACAAGCACACAUCGUGCAUUCAGGAUGUCGCCCCCGUGAUUUUUGAUCACUUCGCCCAAUUCCUCAUACAAAUUGAGUUGAAUGAUGAUAGCGUCAUCAGUCUCUCACCACCCGGCGCUUCCAACGCUGAUGUCAAAUCGGACAUCCGACAGGCCCGUAGCCAAGGCAAAGCAUGGAACUUCUUCAAUGGCCCACCAGUCGGCACAACGAAAACGUACCCUGAUGAUGUCGACGAUACAGCUCUCGCCUUUAUUGCGUUCUCUCCACCUGCAGCAUCUGCCAAUCCGAUCUUGGACCGCAUCGUCGCGAACAGGCACGACAAAGACGGUCUUAUCAUGAUCUAUCUUGGUGGCACGAGACCCCGUGUAUGCCCGUUCAUUAUGCUCAACGCCGUCCGUGCCCUCUAUAGAUACGGACGCGGCGCAGAAGUACAGCCCGAGCUCGAACACAUUCGUCGCGUCCUUCUGAAAGGCGGCCAUAUCGAUGGAUCGGAACACUAUCUUGCCAGCGAGACCUUUCUGUACUUUCUGGCGUGUCUCAUCGAAGAUAAUCCCACUGCACCAGAGGUCCAGUCGCUACGUAAGCCAACGGUUGAGGCCUUACGUCAACGCGUCAAUCGCCCCGGGGAUUCUUUCGUCCUCGCCUCACGUGUCUUAGCAUGCCAGAAGCUCGAUGUGGAAACCCAAUCUGACCUGGCAUCUUUGAAAGAGUUGCAGGAAUGUGACGGAGGCUGGGAACUGGCGUGGAUAUCUCGUUUCGGUAGGAGUAAGAAGAUGAUUGGGAACAGAGGAAUACCUACGGCUUGGGCUAUCAAGGCACUGGAGUACGAAGCCCAGCCAUAG